ACCAAACAUCCAUCGUCUUGAUCUCUCCUCCGUUUUUUUGUGAAAAUUCUCUACCUCAAAUUUCAGAUAACAAAGAGUACGACGCUUUUGUCUCCUACAAAUCGUGCCCGCGGGAUGAGAGGUUCGUUCUACAUCAUCUGUACCCACGUCUGGAGAAAGAGCUGGACUUUCGCCUCUGUCUGCACUUCCGGGACUUUUCACCAGGGGACACCAUUGCCAACAACAUCAUCCACGCCGUUCAGAACAGCAGAAGGACGAUCCUAGUUCUCUCCCCUAGCUACGUGGAGUCCGAGUGGUGCCGCAUGGAGUACCAGAUGGCACAGCAUGAGAUGCUCAAGCUCAAACACAAGAUCAUCCCUGUCGUGCUGGAGGACGUAUCGGGAAUACCCACUAUGGACAAAAACCUACGGGCCAUCAUCGAAUCGGUGACGUACAUCAAGUUCCCGGGAGAGGAGCCUAUUUCAAGCAAGUUGAGAACGAGAUUUUGGAAGCUUCUAGAGCUGGCGAUGCCCAAGAAAAAAUCUGAAAGCACCCGCUCCAGCUGUGGUAGCUGCGCCAGUGAUCUCCCCUUGUCAGCAGCGAGCAAAACAUGCUUCGAGAGCCUCGCCGACUCUUUAUCCAAAGAAAGUUACGGAGCGGAAAAAGUAAGAGCGGACAAUUUCCCUUCUCCUAUCACUGGCAGUGGUGUCAUCAGCGGCAGCCUCGCAUCCUCCGAGUUUGUGGACAACGCACUUCUCAACGGUCUUCAUUUCCCUGAUCCGCCAGCAAAACUCAUAGAGCCAGUCUUGUUUCCGAUAGACAAAGGGGACUCUCUAACCCCGUCAGUGGCGCUCGCCUGCAGCACGAGCAUGUAUCUAGGCUCUGACGACACUGAACCGGAUGAUACGUCAUGUAGCGCGACAUCUUCCGAUGACGCGACUACGGCCUCGCCCAACAAUUUCUCCUGGCUGUCCAGUACAAAUACAGGGAGUUCUGGCUCCAAGUGGCUUCCUUCUACUUCUAGUGACAACAAAAAGGCAAAGAACGAGGCCAACAGUUCUACUGUUUUAGCGCCUUUCCUCAGUAGUGACAACCACAUUAUAGAAAUUCGAGAAGUGGGCAAAAAUGCCAUUAAGGUCACCCCCAGGCCAAAAAAACAAGACAACAGAUUAUAUGUGUAAAAUGCCAUUUUGGAUUUUUGAUCAGACUAGUGUUUCACAACAUGCAAAAGAUACAUGCAUUAUUUUAGUUUCUACUAAGACAAAGACAAAAACAAUGCCACGCCCACUAGUAUUGCUUUGUAAGACGAUAAAAAAGGCAACAUGACUAUUUGUCUAAACCUGAGGAUUAAAAAAAUUAAUAUAUAAUACCAUAUUAUAUUCAGCAAUCAGAUUUGGAAAAAACGAAUUGACUUUGCUUCCCAUUUUCAUUACGUUUUCACUACAUUUUGUUAACUUUUGGGAGUGUUAAAAGAGAGCAAGGAAAAUGAAAAAGAAGAAAGAGAGAAAGAGAGAGAG